ACGAGGGUGAAAGAGAAAGAUUUUGAGUAGUACGGAAGGAGAAAGUAUAAGUAAGAGGUGAAAAGAAGAGAGCAAAAGGAAGGAGGGAAGGAGGGAGGGCGAGAGAUCCCCCCCUCCCCCUCGUAGGUCCGUCCUUUCUGUGAAAAUCAACCUAUUCCAGGAAUGAGAGAGGGAGAGGGGCGCACAAACACUAAGCAUGUCUGAGACUGCCCUCUGAUGUCACCAGCAAGAGAGAGAGAGAGAGAGAGAGAGAGAGAGGGGAGGGGACACAGCCAGAGAGCAAACCGAACACAGUGAGUGUGAGAAAACAGAGAGGUGGAGACUGAGAGCACUGUUCCGGUAUCUGCUGUGGACUGAGGCUGUGUUUUACUGAGUGUGUUGUGUCAGCAGUGGAGAGUUGAGCUGCUCUAGCAGAUCUCGUUAGCAACGCGCCAUCCGGAAAGCACAACCGAUGGUCGACGUGAGCAUGGCACUGCCCUUGCAGGUGCCCCCGGCUGCCAUUCCCAUGGACCUGCGCCUGGACCAGCCCUUUGGCCUAGCACCACGACCAGAUGACCAGUGCCACCAAGGACAGGUCCCAGGUCAGCGGGAGCAGCAGCUGCAGCAGGAGUUGCUGGCCCUCAAACACAAACAGCAGAUCCAGAGACAGGUGCUCAUCGCUGAGUUCCAGCGGCAACAUGAGCAGCUCUCACGCCAGCACGAGGCCCAGCUACAGGAGCAUGUUAAGCACCAGCAGGACCUCCUGGCUCUGAAGCAUCAGCAGGAGCUGCUGGAGCACCAGAGGAAGAUGGAGAGACACCGCCAAGAGCAAGAGAUAGAGAAACAUCAGAGGGAGCAGAAACUCCUGCUGCUUAAGAACAAGGAGCGUUGCCAGGAGAGUGCGGUGGCCAGCACAGAGGUCAAGAUGAGGCUGCAGGAAUUUGUCCUGAACAAGAAGAAAGCCCUGGCCCAGCGCAGCCUCAACCACUGCAUGUCUACUGACCCACGCUAUUGGUACGGGAAGACCCAGCACAGCUCCCUGGACCAUAGCUCCCCUCCCCAGACAGGGAUGUCCACUUACAACCACGCCAUCCUGGGGAUGUACGACUCCAAAGACAACUUCCCUCUCCGCAAGACAGCCUCUGAGCCCAACUUGAAGCUCCGGUCCAGGCUAAAACAGAAGGUAACGGAGCGCAGAAGUAGCCCACUUCUACGCAGGAAGGACGGUCCAAUUACCACCGCCAAGAAGCGCUCUCUGGACAUGGCUGAAUCGGCCUGCAACAGCGCUCCUGGCUCGGGCCCCAGUUCGCCCAACAACAGCUCCAGUAACAUCACCAAUGAGAAUGGCAUCGCUGGCUCCAUGUCCAGUAGUUCAGUAGAGGCCUCCCCGGCCCACAGGCUGGCUGGCCGAGAGGGCCCCUUGAGCCAGCUGUCUCUGUACACAUCGCCCUCGCUGCCUAACAUCACCCUGGGCCUGCCAGCCACCGGCCCUUCCAGCGAAGGUGACAGGCUUUCAAAGCACGAUAGACUGCAGCAGGGCUUCCCCAUAACCACUCCCUUCAUCCCAGGGGCCCACCUGCCCUCCUACCUGACCGACGGGGGCUCGGCACACAACCCCCUCCUCCAGCACAUGGUCCUCCUGGAGCAGUCCCAGAACCCACUAGGCCUUGGCGGAAUGCCCCUGCAAUCGUCCUCCAUCCACAAGCUGCGUGGGCAGCACCGUCCCCUGGGGAGGACCCAGUCGGCCCCUCUGCCCCAGAACGCCCAGGCCCUGCAGCAGCUGGUGGUCCAGCAGCAGCACCAGCAGUUCCUGGAGAAACACAAGCAGCAGUUCCAGCAGCAGCAACUCCACAUCAACAAGAUGAUGGCCAAGCCCAGCGAGCCGGGGCCGGGCCGGCAGCACGAGAGUCACCCGGAGGAGACAGAAGAGGAGCUAAGGGAGCACCAAGCCCUAUGUCCCCAGGACGGAGGCCUCAUGUGUGGAGUGACAGUCAAGCAGGAGCCCCCGGACCCCGAGGAAGAGGAGAGGGACCACAGAGACAGGAUAGUUGACCAGGAGCUGCUCUUCCGACAGCAGGAUGUGUUGUUGGAGCAGCAGAGAAUCCACCAGUUGAGGAACUACCAGGCUUCGAUGGAGGCAGCCGGCCUGUCAAUCACCUUCCCAGCGCACCGCCCCCUCUCCAGGGCCCAAUCAUCUCCUGCCUCGGCUUGCUUCCCCCCAAUCGUGGUGCAGCAGGAACCACCCACCAAGCCUCGCUUCACCACCGGACUGGUGUAUGACACAUUGAUGCAGAAGCACCAGUGUAUGUGUGGCAACACCAACACACACCCAGAGCACGCUGGACGCAUCCAGAGCAUCUGGUCUCGACUCCAAGAGACAGGACUGAGGGGCCAGUGUGAGUGUAUACGGGGGCGGAAAGCCUCACUGGAAGAACUGCAGACGGUUCACUCUGAGGCCCACGUCCUUCUGUAUGGAACCAACCCACUUCGACAGAAACUAGACAGUUCAGUUACUCCCAUGUUUGUGAGGCUGCCUUGUGGAGGGGUGGGGGUGGACAGCGACACCAUUUGGAACGAGGUCCACUCGUCCAGCGCUGCUCGUCUAGCUGUGGGCUCCGUCGUGGAGCUUUGCUUCAAAGUGGCGGCUGCAGAGCUCAAGAAUGGUUUUGCUGUAGUCCGGCCCCCUGGACACCAUGCAGAGGAGAGUACACCUAUGGGAUUCUGUUACUUCAACUCAGUGGCCAUCGCUGCUAAACUCUUGCAGCAGAGGCUCAGUGUCAGUAAGAUCCUGAUUGUGGAUUGGGAUGUUCACCAUGGCAACGGCACACAACAAGCAUUCUACAGCGAUCCCAACGUUCUCUACCUGUCACUCCAUCGCUACGACGAUGGCAACUUCUUUCCUGGCAGUGGAGCGCCUGAUGAGGUGGGCACUGGGGCAGGUAUGGGCUUCAAUGUGAACAUGGCUUUCACCGGGGGACUGGAACCACCCAUGGGAGACGCAGAGUACCUGGCUGCCUUCAGGACGGUGGUGAUGCCCAUCGCCAACGAGUUUGCCCCCGACGUGGUGCUGGUGUCGUCUGGCUUCGAUGCCGUGGAGGGCCAUCCGUCACCCCUGGGAGGGUACAGGCUGACGGCCAAAUGUUUUGGAUACCUGACCAGGCAGCUGAUGGGGCUAGCCGGAGGCCGCAUGGUACUGGCCCUGGAGGGGGGCCACGACCUCACUGCUAUUUGUGACGCCUCCGAAGCCUGCGUCUCUGCUCUGCUAGGAAUCGAGUUGGAUCCUAUCCCUGAGGAGGUGAUGCAGCAGAGGCCCAACCCCAACGCUGUUCACUCCAUGGAGAAGGUGUUGGAGGCACACAGUAAAAACUGGCGCUCUCUUCAGCGCGGGGCCUCCACCCUGGGCUACUCUCUGAGCGAGGCUUGCCGGUGUGAGACGGAGGAGGCCGAGACCGUCACCGCCAUGGCUUCCCUCUCUGUGGCCAACAAGCAGAGGAAGAGCGAGGAGGAGCCUAUGGAGGGCUGACCAAGCCCCCUUCACCAUUCAGAGACCCUCAAAGGUCUCCAAUUUAGGUCUCCCAUUUAGCACUCAGCCAACCUCCAUUUCAAUUUGACCCCACCCCUUGGCCCCACUCGCACCCUGUCCAGGAGGGGGGGGGGGGCAGGGGGCAGCGUAUAAAAUGACUCGGUAUGAAACGGAAAUGGAAGACGUCACUAUCUCACUAUCUCUCAGUGUUCGGACUAAAACGCCCCCGAUGUGUGGUUCCGUCUCUACGUGGGGAGGCAGAACACAAGGAGCGCCAGGUUUCCGGAUUUUGUCAGGUCUUUACUCCAGGACCGGUGGGAUCUAAGGUGACUUUGAAUCAUCCCACGCUGGCAACAUUGAGUGUCUGUGCUUCUUUGGAACAGACUCACUCGCUUCGUUCGAAGUACUGCUCCAGACACAGAAUUUCUCAUUUAGGCAUCUCCUUUCAUUUUUUUUCUUUCAGUCGUUUAUUCCUUUGCCCUCUUCCGUUCACGAAAAACCGCAACCGAGCCCUGUGAUGUCAUUACUACUUUGUUUUACGAAUGUUUGAUUGUUACCAUUCAUGAAAGACUGAGAAAGGAGAGAUGUCGCAGGGUUUGCUGAUAUUUCUUGGCACGUUUCUCGAUUGGCAAAAGCAGGCGUUUUUUUUUUUUUUGUUGUUGCAGAAGAGGAAAGGUAUGGAGCGAGGAAAAGAGAAGGAGAACACGAUGGACAGGUGACCCGGGGCCUCAUUUAUCAAAGGUGCGUGUGCACAAGAAAUAGUCUGAACCUUGCGGGCGCCAGUUUUCACGCAAAGGUUGGUGUUUAUCCAUUUUGAACUCGAUGGGAAAGUGUGCGUAUAUCCACUGAAAUCUCAGACCAUGCGCACUCACAACUUCUAGUGGUUCAUCAACUGUAUUGCAAGCAAAUAUGAUUAUUUUGGGGUAUAUGGAAAUUUAGGUGUUUGAUGUAUGGGAAUUAUAAUAAUGGUAGGCUAAUAAAAACAUUAAAACAUAGGCCUAAUGAUAAAACAGAUGCAUUUGCCAUUGGUAAGGAGAUCACAUAGCAGCAUGUUCCCUAAUAUAUUUAUUUAACUUUUAUUAUAUAGGCCUAAAUCAUAAUCAUGACUGGUUUAUUUCUGCUACACAACAAAUAUUACGCUACCAUUUAGCCAUCUCUCAUUCAAUAGCCAAGCAUGCUUGAAAGUAAAUAGACCGGUAGCCUAUGGCAGUAUAGCUAGGCUAAAGUAUUCUUGUGCAACAGGAGCGCGACAUCGCAGCCCCUUUCAUCUCAGAGACGAUGCCAAAGCAGGAAAUAUAAACACAAUCAUGUAUUGAUGAAGGAACUAUUGAACAACAAUUCUUAUGUUGCAUAGAAGUCUGGGCUCUGAGCAGCAUUUACUUUUCAAUUGUUCAAUAGACAAUCCAUCUUGCCAAAUACAUGGCCGGUGUUUGGCACGCUCUAUAGUUUAAAAAAAAGCUACUGCAAAAGAUGAAAACAUUCGGCCCACACCUCUAACAGAAAUGUGAUCACAUUUACCAUUGCACUUUCUUUUAGUGACUAUCACGGCCCAGUUCCAAUAUCUCAACAUCAUACAGCAGAUGAUGGUGUUUUUGUUACCAAUAAAGGUGAAUGGAGGGCAUUUUGCCAGGCAGGGUUGUAGCGCUCGUUCACCAGCGCGCAAAUAUAGUAGGGCUCUGAUUAAUCAAUGAAAACAUGUUGCGUGCAACAGUUUGAUAAAUCCCAAUCAUUUUGUUCUGCACACAAAUCCUAGAAUGUCCACGUACGGCAGGAUUGAGUAAGAAAUGUACGCAAUGGUUGAUAAAUGAGGCCCCGGGUCUUCUGGUUUGAGAUGACAGACUGUAAAAAGACUGUGAGUUUGUGCCUUUUUCAGUUCCUGCCUGGUGGAUUUCACGACAAACUCAAGACCAAGAGCUUUGCCUUAAAUUUGUUUUGGAGGGAGAGAGGUGUGCCCUCCUAUCACUCUCACGUCUCAUCUCCUUUUGUGGUAGCGAGACUGGCGAUGCCAAAACGAUGGCACAUAGACUGGAGGCCCUUGGCAUGUUUACCCUGACUUCCCUGGAGCCUACUGUCCCACCCUGUCCCGUUUGACCUUGUUGUCAGUGCUUGACUUGGGCAGGAGCUCCCCGCAGCUGACUACCGGCACACAAAAUCCAAGUCAAACACUACUUGUCGUAACCCCUUUACUAUCGUUUAGAAGGUAGUUGCCGUGCUACACAGGGACUGACAUGGUUGAGUCUUUUUCAGUGGAACGAGAGCCUUCAAUGUUUGAAACGUCAGCCAAUGAUGUGGCUUUCUUCUGGUAUAUAAACCAAAUACAUGCCACCUCUAAGAAAGAGUUAGCUAGCAUGCACUGUAGUCUGUUCUAGAGAGAUUUGCCAUUUUAAACUAGAAUGCUGUUCAAAAAUAGUAGUAGUAAGACAAGAAAUUAUGCCAAAGCGUGACGUUGCUAUCAGCUCAAUAGUCUGUUGCCACGUAGUAUUGUAGCCAUAUAGGACAGAUAUUGCUAUCAUGACUUUACGUUCAAAAUUGUUCUCUGUGAGGGAAUUAUAGCAGUUGACCAAUUUCUAUCUUACACACUUCACCCUUCAAAACGUUCAGACGCUCUUACCUUCAUUUAGGGGCUCUACCCACAAUUAGCCGUUCAUUUGGCUUUGUUCACAGAGAUAAACAACUCAUGAGUCUUUGUUACCAUGGUGAAAGAGUGGUUAGACAGAACAAAGAUAAACAAUCAAAUCUCAUGAGUCUUUGUGUUACCAUGGUGACAGAGCAGUUAGACAGACGUGUGCCACCUUUGUGAGUUUACAGAGGGGAGCAAGUGGCACCCAUAUUCUCUGACAUUUGAUCCACGCUUCUUGUUAGGCACAGCUACUCACCAAGUGUCAGGUGCUACUGAAUGUGUGUGUGUGUCACAUGUCACAAUCCAGUAAACAAACCCUUUAUACAUUGACACAGUCAUCAUAGCUACUGCUAGGUGUGUGUUUUUAGGUACAGGAAAGUGUUUUUAACCUUGUGUGUGUGAGAGGCAUUUCUCUAACUACAUACAUUUGACUUAGUUCACAAACACCUAUAGCUCAGAAUGCAGAGAAUGAAUGAAAGUCGUGAUCUGAAUACGUUUUUUUGAAACCCCCUCCCCCAACUCAUGUUUCGUCUCCUGGCAACUACCUUCGACAUUGUUCCAUUGACGUCAUAAUCACGUUUUCCUACUGUUGGUAAAAGGAAGAACUGAGAAGAUUCUGCAUUUGAUCUUUCCUUGAGAUGUUUCCACCACGAUUGUUUUGAUGACUACUCCAUCCAUGUUGUUUUUACCCAUCGUUGUCUCUUUUUCUUUCUGUUAUGUCCUUGUUGUCUUUAGAAGUGGACUCCAGUGUCUUUGGUUUUUGUGCUUUUUAGUUGUUUUCCUGCCAUUUUGUAUUCGUUUGAGUUCUUUCUCUCUCUUACACUUUGUGCAGUUCCUUUUCAUGGUGAAAGGUUCUGGGGUUGUGAGGGGUGGGAUGGGGUAUGCAAAUAUUUCUACUCUGUAUAAUGAUUCCAACAAUUGUGUAUUUACUAUGCUGGCUGUUCAUGGUAGAUUUAUAUAUGACAACAAAUCUAUAAGUAUAUUAUAUAUUAUAAGAAAUUUAAAUCUUGUUUUGGGAAAAGAACGUUUGAAUUGCAAAGUGAUAUGCUCAUGUUUCAUUCCCUGGUCUGGUUCGGCCCUUCCUGGUGUCGCUGAGGGCACUGUUCAUUAUUCCUGGCUGCCAUUGGCUGAGGGUUCAGUACAGUAGCAUCCCAUUUGGUGUCAGUCUCUCUACAGUGUACACCACUGACCUGGGCUCUAGUAAUACUUCCCGACACUACAUAGAGGAGUAGAAAGGCUGUCCCCAAACAAGGGCUUAGGGAAAGGGACAAGUCGCUUGUCUCUUAUAUUUAAUUUCCUUCUCCAUUAAGACAUUGUGACAACCCACCCAUGUAAACAUGGGGUUACAGUGGAAUUUCACACUCUUACGUCACUAACACUUUCUGACCUGCAACCAAACACUCUAGCUGUGUUUUGUCAAAAACCUUCUGAAUACUAUCUAAGGAUGUGUAAUUCAGAAGCAGUAGCGGUGCGUGGAUAAAAUCACCGGGGAAGCCAAGCCAGUAAACAAAAUGCCAUAUUACAACUUAUGUGUUGUGAUAAUUGCGUGGUUUGCUCUAUAACCUGUUAGUUCAUAUGCCUUGCCACCGUGAUAUAAAUGUAGGCCUAAGGCCGAGACAAUAAGGUGACAAAGUGGCAGAAUAAAUUCAACCACAGCUUUGUUUCACCACAAAACCGUGGAGCAACAUCUAUCCAGUGGAACAUCUAUCCACCAAGUGUAUUGUGACAAACAGUUACAUGACCUACAGCAUGGUCAAUCAAGUUGAUGUUUCUGACAUUUUUGGACUACUAAACAACUUGAUUUAGGACACCGGAGAGUUACCCAAGUUGCAAAGAAAACAGGAGCUGCCUUCACUAUUCCAGCACCAUUUCAACUUCAACAUUUAAAAAUCAUCAAAUCACCUCUGCUUAGUCUAAUAAAGUGACAACUAAAAUAUU